CUCAGAUAUUUUCAGUAUAAAGAUAACAAUCAUUUUCUUAAGUUUGACAAAAAAAUAAAACAAUCAUUUUCUAAAUUAUGUUCUUUAAUUGAUCAAAAGCAAAAAACCAAUCACUUUUAAUAACGUAAAAAGAAAAGAGAAACAGUAAUUUGACUAAUUUUUUUAUAUAAGUGGUCCUUUACACGUCAUAACUGCGUCUUCUACGAAAAGCCCUGUCAACAUAGCGAAACCUUAAUGACCUUUCUUUGGUUAUACCGACGUUGAAGCCCACGUGGCAAUACUUCACACGUGCACAUGCGUGUGUAUAUAUAUAACCCACACAUACAUAAACCUCUUUGAGAGCAAAUCAAAGUGUAAAAAGAAGAAGAAAAAAAAGAGAACGAAGAAGAUAGAAAAAUGGAAUGCAGAAAACACAACCACCAAGGCAACAGAGGAGUUUGUCCUUGUUGUUUAAGAGAUAAACUCUCUCGAUUACCUAAUACUACGUCGUAUUACAUCGUUCACAGAUCUUCUUCUUCUUCAUCCACCACCGUUUCGUCUUCUCCGUCGUCUCCGGCGGUGAAGGAUCAUCGGAGAGCUGGUUCGAUGUCGAUGUCUUUCGCUGUUAGGGAAGCUUUAAAUGGUAAUCUGAUCGAAGCUUUAGGUGGAGGAUUAAUGAAAAGCAGAUCUAUGGCUCAUGUUCCCAAGGAUUAUAUUGUUAGGGAUUUGACGAAGAAGAAGACGGAGAAAUUGAAAUCUACGACGGUUAAGAAGAAGACUGGGUUUUGGACUAAGUUGCUUCAUCUUAAAGGGAAAGGCGGUGGCGCCGACGUCGGCGGGUUUGUUACUUCACGGCAACGAGUUUAUUAAAUGACCGACUUUAGUCUUUUUUUCCUGAAACUUUUAUUUUUGACGUGUACAGUUACAGAUUAAGAAAGUAAAAUGGUGAAAAUAAUGAAAGUGAUUUCUCAUUAAUGAAAAUGGAGAUUAAUA